AGAGGGGGAGCCACGGAGCCAGGCAGGCAGCCGCGCCGCCGCGUACCGCCGCUGCGCCUGCCCCAGCCCGGCCCGGCCCCGCGGCGGGCGCGAUGAGCCCGAGCCCCAGCCGGCCUGCCGGGGAGUGAGCGCGGGGCGCGAGGGCGCGUUGCGCAGCUGCUCCUGCGCACAACCCCGCCGCGGCCGCCGGCCCGCACUGGCCGCGAGUGUGAGAGGCGCCUCCGGGGCACCGGCGCCGGAGCGGAGCAGGAAGCGCAGGCCACGCAGGGACCCAACUGAAACAAAGUGUCGGCCGCCAGGCGGCGGCGCCUCGCCCCAACCCUGCCCCUCCCGCCUGCCCGCAACUCCACUGCCCACCAUGGCUUCCGAGGAGCUGUACGAGGUAGAAAGCAUUGUUGACAAAAGGAAAAACAAAAAAGGGAAGACAGAAUAUUUGGUUCGGUGGAAAGGCUACGACAGUGAGGAUGACACUUGGGAACCAGAACAGCAUCUUGUGAACUGUGAGGAAUACAUUCAUGAUUUUAACAGACGCCACACUGAAAAGCAGAAAGAAAACACAUUAACCAGAACAAAUAGGACCUCUCCAAACAAUGCCCGGAAACAGAUUUCCAGAUCCACCAACAGCAAUUUUUCUAAGACCACUCCUAAAUCACUAGUGAUUGGCAAAGACCCUGAGUCCAAAAACAGUCAACUAUUUGCUGCCAGCCAGAAGUUCAGGAAAAACACAACUCCAUCUCUCUCGAACCGAAAGAAUAUGGACCUAGCAAAAUCAGGUAUAAAGAUACUUGUGCCUAAGAGUCCCAUUAAGAGCAGGACCACAGUGGACGGCUUUCAGAGUGAGAGCCCUGAGAAACUGGACCCCGUUGAGCAGGGUCAGGGGGAUACGGUGACACCGGAAGUGGCAGCUGAAAAGCCAGUCGGAGCUUUAUUGGGCCCUGGUGCCGAGCGAGCUAGAAUGGGGAGCAGGCCCCGAAUACACCCACUGGUGCCUCAGGUGUCUGGCUCCGUGACUGCAGCCAUGGCCACGGGAUUGGCUGUUAAUGGAAAAGGUACAUCUCCGUUUAUGGAUGCAUUAACAGCCAAUGGAACAACCAACAUACAGACAUCUGUUACAGGAGUGACAGCCGGGAAAAGGAAAUUUCUUGACGACAGAAGAGACCAGCCUUUUGACAAGCGGUUGCGUUUCAGUGUGAGGCAAACUGAAAGUGCCUACAGAUACAGAGAUAUUGUCGUCAGGAAGCAGGAUGGCUUCACCCACAUCUUGUUAUCUACAAAAUCAUCAGAGAAUAACUCACUAAAUCCAGAGGUAAUGAAAGAAGUCCAGAGCGCACUGAGCACGGCUGCUGCCGACGACAGCAAGCUCGUGCUGCUCAGCGCAGUGGGCAGCGUCUUCUGCUGCGGGCUCGACUUUCUUUAUUUCAUACGGCGCUUAACAGAUGACAGAAAAAGAGAAAGCACUAAAAUGGCUGAAGCUAUCAGAAACUUCGUGAAUACUUUCAUUCAGUUUAAGAAGCCUAUUAUUGUAGCAGUAAAUGGCCCUGCCAUUGGACUAGGAGCAUCCAUAUUGCCUCUUUGUGAUGUGGUUUGGGCCAAUGAAAAGGCUUGGUUUCAAACACCCUAUACUACCUUCGGACAGAGUCCAGAUGGCUGUUCCACCGUUAUGUUUCCCAAGAUUAUGGGAGGAGCAUCUGCAAAUGAAAUGUUGCUCAGUGGCCGCAAGCUGACAGCGCAGGAGGCGUGCGGCAAAGGCCUGGUCUCACAGGUGUUCUGGCCUGGGACCUUCACCCAAGAGGUCAUGGUUCGCAUUAAGGAGCUUGCCUCGUGUAAUCCAGUUGUGCUGGAGGAAUCCAAAGCCCUUGUGCGCUGCAACAUGAAAGCAGAGUUGGAGCAGGCCAAUGAGAGGGAGUGUGAAGUGCUGAAGAAGAUCUGGGGCUCCGCCCAAGGGAUGGACUCCAUGCUGAAAUACUUGCAGAGGAAGAUCGAUGAGUUUUGAUUGGCAGGCUGCCUGCUGAUGACACUGGAACUGAAGAGCAGGACAUCUGUGGCUCCAAGGUGCCCGAAUCCAUCCUCACAGCCUGAAACGUGUUCACUCUUCGCUCACGCUUGGAAGCAGGACUUGAAACAUCCAAGCUAUUUAUUGUCAAGGAGUUUUUAAGUACUGUAACUUUAAAAUAAAUAAUUACAAAGCU